UUCAUCGUUGUCGUUGUCAUCGACAUCCACUGACGAUAAUAACAUAAUUUCGACAAUCAAAGCGGAUAAAUUAGUUGUCAGUGCGCUAAUUAAAAUUAAUUUUUAACUCACAUCAGUUUCAAAUACAAAAACAAUUGAUGUAUCAAUUGAAUUGCGUGCAUUUUCCUAUUUACAUUCAUUUUAUUUGAUUUUCAUAGUAGAUAGUUUGUUCCAAUUUUUAUAUAUAUAUUUUUUUUCAACUUUCAUCUGGACACACAAUCGAAACGUUGCAUUUCAAUGAAUUUUUCAUAACAAAAGAAUACAUUGUUUAAGCACACCGUUUCGCCAAAAAUAAUAGUUUGGUGGUGAUUUUCGUGUGUUUGUGUGUUGUUGUUGUUUUUUUUCUCUAUUGGUUUCUGUCUCAAAGACAUUUUCGUUGAGUUAUUAAACGUUAUAGCUUUAAACAUAGCAAUACAAUGACAAAUGAUGUUGCCGGUGGUGGUAAAAGUGCGGAUGAGAAUGCAGCCACUGAAAAUGGACAGCCUGAAACUGCAAAUGAUCACAAAGAGCGCGGAAAUGAAUGUAUAAAAGCGAGUAAAUACAGCGAAGCCAUUCUUUAUUAUAACUUCGCCAUAAAAUUGAAUCCAAAUGAAGCAACAUUUUAUAGUAAUCGAUCGUUGGCAUUUCUGAAACUCAAUCAAUUAUAUUAUGCCAAUGAAGAUGCUGAAAAAGCAAUUCAAUUGAAACCAGAUUGGGCGAAGGGAUACUUUCGAAAGGCCGAAGUACAAGCAGCUGCAGGUCAAUAUGAUUCAUCAUUUUUACUAUACAGCCGAGCAUUGCAAUUGCAACCAAACGACAUCAGUAUUUUGAAUGCUGCCAAACGCAUCGCCGAACUUAGUAGCUCCGACACGGAAUUUGAAAGACGUGUACCGUGGUUCGGAAUUGGCAUUGGCGCUUUGUUUGGUGUUAUAAUUGUAAUAUCGGAUUUGUUUACGAAAACUCCUACAUUAUCGCAUCCGUCCUUAAUGAUUCUAAUGAUAGUCGUAGUAUCGGCCAUGGGAUAUGGCAUAUCACGUGGUUAUCUUUACUAUCGAAAACAACAGAGGAUCGGUCUAUUGGAGCCACCGGUCAAUUUGCUUGAUGAAUUUAAAAAACCCACAGAUCAAACAACGAAUGAUGGUGGCGCUGAAGGCGAACCGUAUACAAAUCGAACACGCUACACAAAAGCACAGGCACGCCAACGAUUCAAGCGAGGAAAAACGUAGCUCAUCACAUCUUUACAUUACAACGUUUUUUUUUUUAACAAUUGAUUCGACUUUUGUUUAAGCACACACCGACACACGUACACCAAAAGGUGUAAGUGUUAUCGUUAAUACGAAAAAAAGGGAUGAUAUUUUAAGUUGAUAGAUAGACGUUGUAAUAAAUGAACGAGAGAAGGAUAGAAAAAAAACUGAAACGAAAAAUGAACGACAACAACCUUUGAGUGUGAUAAAGUGUAUGAAAUUUAUAUGUAAUUGGUUUGCAUUUUGGAGAAUUUCACCUCUUCUAAUUAACUAACUAAAUUUAUACAAAAAAGAAGCAGAAAACAAUUAAGAAGGAGAAAAGAAAAGAAAUAAGGGAAAAAAAAACUUUGCACUUAAAUAAAUUGCCUAUGCCUAAUUCAAAACAGUUUUAUCUCAUAAACACAAGAAUGAACGAAAAAAAAAUAUUGGAGCAAAUCUAAUAAAAAAAGAACAAUGGAAUGACAAAA